GAGAAGGACCAUCUUCGACUAGCAUCAGAACAUGAACUUGCAAGAGCAUACCUCGGUAUCCGAUGAAUCAAGGAGGCGAUUGAGAUGCUUGAGCAUGUGGUGGCAGUCCAGAAGGAGACACUAGAUGAGAAGGACUAUCUUCGACUAGCAUCAGAGCAUAUACUUGCAACUGCAUACCUCGGUAACCAACGAAUCAAGGAGGCGAUUAAGAUACUCGAGCACGUAGUUGCGAUUAAAGCAGAGAUGCUAGCAGAAAAUAACCCCAGUCGACAGCUGUCAGUAAACCUACUGCAGGAUUGCUUCAAAAGGUUGGAAGUGGCUUAUAAUAACAAUAAUGUCUGAGGUAUCGGCUUCAAAGGCGAAAACGGAAUUAUCCUUUUCAAACUAUACGUCGUCAACCCAGCGUAGCAUCCACAAUGUAUUAAUUUGUUUUCUCAGUGGCUUCACAAUCACCACUAUAUCUGUAGUUACUCAGAAUAUUACGAGCAGGCUAGGGAGGGCCCGAGAUUAUAUGUGUAAAAAUGAGACAGGCCGAAUUCUCCAUUUUCUGGCAUGACCCGAAUUUGAUCACGUCUUCCAUCGGUGAGACGCGGGGCGUUAACCACGGGAGAAGACGAGAG